UGUCGGGACGACGGCAAGAGGCACGUCUGCCCCCGUCGGCCUCCGGACUUUGGAGAUGGCCGCUCAGAAAAUAAACGAGGGGCUGGAGCACCUCGCCAAAGCAGAGAAAUAGUGCUCCAUAUACGUAAUCUGAGAUCUUCACAGGUUUCCAAUUAGCUAUUCCUGUUUUACUGAAGAGGAAACGAGGCUCAGAGAAGUCUCGCAGUGACUUUCCAAGGCUGCACGGUGGCAGAGGCAGUUUUCCAAGAGUCGAAGAACUGUCUUUCCUUUGUACCCUACUACUUCCGGGCAGUGUGUGAGGCGGUGCAGGAGCCUGAAGACUGGUUUUUUAAAAUGGAAGCCAGAUUAUGACAGUGCUGCUUCUGAAUAUGGAAAAGCAGCAGUAUGAUUUCUACUUCUGGAUCUCCUUAUUUCCAAGCAACCCUUGCUGUUGCUUUUAAAAAUGCCAAACAAUUUGAGCAAGCCAAAGACGCCUGCCUGAGAGAAGCUGUUGCACAUGAGAAUAACAGGGCUCUUUUUCAUGCUGCCAAAGCUUAUGAGCAAGCUGGCAUGAUGUUGAAGGAGAUGCAGAAACUACCAGAGGCUGUUCAGUUGAUUGAGAAAGCUAGCAUGAUGUACCUGGAAAACGGCACCCCAGACACAGCAGCCAUGGCAUUGGAGCGAGCAGGAAAGCUUAUAGAAAAUGUGGAUCCAGAAAAGGCUGUACAGUUAUAUCAACAGACAGCUAAUGUGUUUGAAAACGAGGAACGCUUACGACAGGCAGUUGAAUUACUAGGAAAAGCCUCCAGAUUGCUAGUACGAGGACGCAGGUUUGAUGAGGCGGCACUCUCUAUUCAGAAAGAAAAAAAUAUUUAUAAGGAAAUUGAGAAUUAUCCAACAUGUUAUAAGAAAACAAUUGCUCAAGUCCUAGUUCAUCUACACAGAAAUGACUACGUGGCUGCAGAAAGGUGUGUCAGGGAGAGCUAUAGCAUACCAGGGUUCAGUGGGAGUGAGGACUGUGCUGCCCUAGAACAACUUCUUGAAGGAUACGACCAGCAAGACCAAGACCAGGUGUCAGAGGUCUGCAGCUCUCCGCUUUUCAAGUACAUGGACAAUGACUACGCUAAACUGGGCCUAAGUUUGGUGGUUCCAGGAGGGGGAAUCAAGAAGAAAUCACCAGCAACACCCCAGGCCAAGCCUGAGAGUGGCGCCACAGCCACAGCCGCUGAGGAAGAGGAAGACGAGUACUCAGGAGGACUGUGCUAGCAUUUUACUUCGCAAGAAAGAAAAGGAAGAAGAAAAGGAAAAAUUCUGACAUGCCUUUUCAUGGACUUGGAACUUUGGAUAUUCCAUACGUCAUUACAGUAGCUAUUUGAAUGCUAAUAAAGAUUGUAAUUUUCAGUUAGCAUUUCCCAAAUCACCCAUCUGUAUCCACUUACCUGUGAAGCAUUUUUCUUUUCAUGAUAAGAAGUUUAAGACACCAGCAGAAAUUAACAGAAAUGUACUGUCAUGUUUUAAUGCAGUAGGUUUUAAAAUUUAUGAGCCAAAUUGUAGACAAACUACAUUCUAAACAAGUGAAGCAAUAGACAUAGAUAUUCUUUCCUUUUGGGCUCUUAUAAUUUAUUGUUGGAGAAGUUUCUUUUCGUUUUAUUUCAUAAUUGCUGCUAAAAGUAAGGUUUACUGCUAAAAAUAAGCGCUAAAAAUUUUGUUUUGAAAGGAAAUUUAUACUCCAUGAUAUUAUAUACAUUUAAACUAUUAAAUAUUUUCAGAGGUAAGAUUGGCACAGGAAGCUAUUUUGAGCCUUACAAUAUUAUUUAGCCCAAUUAAAAAACGUAUUUAAGGUCUUAUACAUGCGUUCGUAAAAUUCGAAGGUAGCAUAUUAAAUCAUUUUGUAAAUAUCUUCAGUUCAGGGCAUUUCUUUCACCUAAAAAAAAAAAGAGUGACUCUCCAAACUUACUUGGUUCUUGACUAACUGGAAGCUCUGGAGACCUUUUUUAUGCAUUCUAAGAAAGGUAAUGUUUCCAUCAAUCCUGAUAAAUACAUCUUUAUCCACCAAAAUAAUUUCUGAUUUAUAUAGAGUCAUAACUAUUAUAUUUGACUGUAACUUGGACAUGGGAGAUGCUGUAUAAUACAGAAAGUUUGACGAAAGGGGAAAUUACUUUUGAAAGGCGUAUAUUUAGAACAUUGUGCUGCCAAUGGUUUAAUCCUUUAGUAAUUUCCAAAAAUGUUAUUUUCGAAGAAAUCUUUUUUCAGCCUGCAUGGCUUAGGCCCCUGUCAUUUGGAAGGAGACUCGGAUACAGCCAUUUGUGCAGUCACAGGCAGAUGCUGCCUGAGCCGUUCCCUGCUUGGUCACACUCUGUCUGGCCGUACUGGACGACACCUCACUGAGUGUCGCGUGCUUCUUUAGUUUUGCUAGACUUCCAAAACAUGCAAAAGUUGAUUGUCGUAAGUGGUUUUAGUCGCAGUUCGUUCCAUGGGAGAGCUUAGACAGAAUACCAGCCUCAUUUUGCAGGUGUGCUUGGAUAGAGAAAUCUUUAUUGAAGGCCUGAUGCAAAACACUAAUGUUUUAAUUCCUUGAAUUAUGUGCAGAGUUACGCUGGUAGCAGCUUAUUUUCAGUAAUUGCAUCAUGAUUAACUUUGAACAAUCUGAAUAAAGCUGUAUUUAGGCAUUUGUACUUAAAGACAUAUUAAUGUUUCAAAGAUCUCCUCGUUGCUGCUCUGCCCUUUAGAUCCUCUCUGAGGCUUCUGUAGUCGUAAAUAAGUGCUCAACUGAGCUAGGUCGUAAGCUGUUAAGCAGACUUGGGCAGUGCUUUAAAGAUGUUUCAGAUCACCUGUUCAUAGACCGUAUUACCCAUUACAGCUUUGAGGAGUUUUCUGGUUUAUUUUUUAGUUUUAUUCUUUUCUUACAUACUGAAAACUAAACAAAAAGUCCACCUGUAGCAGCAGUGCAGCUGAGCCUAAACAGUAAACAGCUGCAGCCUCCUCACACCCCCCGGCCCACAUUGAACAACUAAUACGCAGUACUUGUGUGGCAGCUAUUUCUUUGGUGGCAGGGUUAUUCUCUGUGGCAUCUAGUGAAAAGCAUAUUUUACAUGUUUAUUGCAUUUUAUUUUUUCCCUUAACGUAAAUUUUUUAUCCUGAGAAUAUAGUGAGAAGCGGAGAGCUUGCUGUUCAUCGCAGGAAGAGGUGUUCUCACAACUCCAGCAUCAUCACUGUGGCCACAGUGGCAUUCUGCAUGAACAUGCCCAGAACCUGUUAGUCGGUGCUCUGUUGGGUUGGGAGGUCCGUCCACAGAGUAUAUUUAAUAGAUCGAAUUUAUUUGUACAUGUGCAGAGUAUGUUAUUUGUGUAUGAAAUCUGUGCUUUAUUCCUAUUUCUUUCUCAGCUCUAUGAUGAGUAGAAUAUUAAAUGUUGUUAUGGAAAUGCAGAUUAUUGCUUGUAUAUGAAGAUAAUUAUGAAAAUAAAAUCUGAAACUAUAUAAAUAA